UCCUCGGCAAUAUGGCUGCCUCCUUGGUGUGGUGCUGAGGAGAAUUUGGCUCUCCGGAACAGUUUCCUUCAAGCUUCCCAAACCCCGCUACUUGGGGAACUUCUCCGUGAAGAGGAACCAGCAGCUGCCCGAGUCGGGGAACAUAAUGGGUCGAAUUGGGCGCCCGUCGCUGCAGCCGCGCAAAAAGCAAGCACCUCCGCGGGGGUAGGACGAUUACUCCCCUCUGGCUGCACGCUGUCGGAAACGGGCCCAGGAGGGAGAGUCUUAUCUCAUCGCUUGGUCCGGAGUGAUCCCCGAGGGGUGAUCUUGUCGGCGGCGAGCUGCUUUCCGAGAACAGAUACAGUCAAACCUGGAACAGAGAGAGGUGCCUCCGGCCAAAUCGUUCCUUUCUUUCCGAAUUCAUCCUUAUCCCGUUGGCUACUUUUGCCUUAAAGCGGGAGAUCAAAGUGCAAGCCUCUCCUUUGCAGCAGUGCCGUGCAAAGAAUCCCUCGCCCAGAUUCUUCACGUCUGAAUCCAGAUCGACUCACUGAAUAUUCACAGUAUAUUCUGACAUCCCAUCAAAAAUUAAGAAAAGGCAUCUUUGUCUUAAACGAGAGUAUAUGUUGAACUGCACUGCCACAGUUGCUUGAGAAGCCAUAAAUUUAUCCGACUCCCAACUUGGAUAGCCCUGAUUUCUCAACUUCAGCUUUUCCUGCGAUUUCUCUACAGUGCGUAGGGCAAGGCAUCCUCUUUAUUCUCAGCAAGAGAGCCAAGUGUGGUAUCACUGCAGCUUUUCUACCUUAGCUCUGAUCCAAGUGCUCUGCUACAGAGCUACAUAGAAAGCCAUGUUUUCUAUCUAAAAUACUUUUAGACCGAUCAUAUCAAACUUCAUUUCAAGUGUGCAUUGUCUGAUAGUCUUCUCCUAAACUAAAUCAUUGUAUUGUGGGCAGGAACUUUUUUUUUCAAUAAAAAGAGUUAUCUGUGAUCACCCUAUAUCUCUUGAAUAUUGAGAUACUAUCCUGUUUCUGAAGAGGGAUAAAAAAGAUCCAUGUGCACAUCUGUGAUCAUUGUUUCAUCUAGACAAUAGAUCAUUGACUACUAGAUAAUUUUCCCUUGUAUAGUGAUUAUAUUACUCCCUGAGAUUACCCGUUCUGCACAGGAAUUUCCCAGCUGCUGUACUAAGAACAUUGUCAUACAGUUUAACAGUAACAUUCAUGCAUCUAUUUUGAAAAAAAGCAUCUUAUAAAACAUAAAGCUAAACAACUAACAUAGUGUCUUGUUAUCUAGUUACUUCUCUUAAAACAUUUCCUUGGAGUAGUGAUUCUUCCUCUACUGGUUACGCUGAGCUCUACUUUUCUUGAUGGAGUCUGAUAUGCUGCAGUCACCCCUCCUGGGCCUGGGGGAAGAAGAUGAGUCAGACAUGACGGACUGGAAUUUGCCUUUGGCCUUUAUGAAGAAGAGGCACUGUGAGAAAAUUGAGGGCUCCAAAUCACUGGCUCAGAGUUGGCGGAUGAAAGACCGGAUGAAGACUGUUAGUGUUGCCUUAGUUCUGUGCCUGAAUGUUGGGGUGGAUCCUCCUGAUGUGGUAAAGACAACUCCAUGUGCUCGACUUGAAUGCUGGAUAGAUCCACUGUCAAUGGGGCCACAGAAAGCUCUAGAAACCAUUGGUGCAAAUUUGCAAAAACAGUAUGAAAAUUGGCAACCAAGGGCCCGGUACAAACAGAGUCUAGAUCCUACAGUUGAUGAAGUUAAGAAACUGUGUACUUCAUUGCGUCGAAAUGCCAAAGAAGAAAGAGUCCUUUUCCAUUAUAAUGGACAUGGUGUCCCCAGGCCAACAGUGAAUGGAGAAAUUUGGGUCUUUAACAAGAACUACACUCAAUAUAUCCCGUUAUCCAUAUAUGAUCUACAAACGUGGAUGGGCAGCCCCUCCAUUUUUGUGUAUGAUUGCUCAAAUGCUGGCCUUAUUGUCAAGUCUUUCAAACAAUUUGCCCUGCAGAGGGAGCAGGAACUGGAGGUGGCUGCAAUUAACCCCAACCAUCCACUUGCUCAGAUGCCCUUGCCUCCUUCAAUGAAAAAUUGCAUUCAACUAGCAGCAUGUGAAGCUACUGAGUUGCUACCAAUGAUCCCUGAUUUACCAGCUGACCUGUUCACGUCCUGCCUUACCACACCAAUCAAGAUUGCGCUUAGAUGGUUUUGCAUGCAGAAGAGUGUGAGAUUGGUACCAGGAGUAACGCUGGAUUUAAUAGAAAAAAUUCCUGGGAGGCUCAAUGACAGGAGAACGCCUCUAGGAGAAUUGAAUUGGAUUUUUACAGCCAUCACGGAUACAAUUGCAUGGAACGUCCUACCCAGAGAUCUUUUCCAAAAGCUCUUCAGACAGGAUCUUCUAGUAGCAAGCCUCUUCCGAAACUUUUUGCUGGCAGAAAGAAUAAUGAGGUCUUAUAACUGCACACCUGUCAGCAGCCCCCGUCUACCUCCAACCUAUAUGCAUGCCAUGUGGCAAGCAUGGGAUCUUGCUGUGGAUAUAUGCCUAUCUCAGCUGCCUACCAUUAUAGAGGAAGGGACUGCAUUUAGGCACAGCCCGUUCUUUGCUGAACAGCUUACAGCCUUUCAAGUCUGGCUAACAAUGGGAGUGGAAAACCGCAAUCCUCCUGAACAGCUCCCUAUCGUAUUGCAGGUGUUGCUGAGUCAAGUGCAUCGGCUACGAGCUCUUGAUUUACUUGGCCGUUUUUUGGAUCUGGGUCCCUGGGCUGUUAGCUUGGCUUUAUCUGUUGGCAUUUUCCCCUAUGUUUUAAAACUGCUUCAAAGUUCUGCUCGAGAACUAAGACCUCUUCUGGUUUUCAUCUGGGCCAAAAUCCUUGCAGUGGACAGUUCAUGCCAAGCUGACCUUGUGAAGGACAAUGGUCACAAAUAUUUCCUUUCUGUUUUGGCAGAUCCUUAUAUGCCGGCCGAACACAGAACGAUGACAGCUUUCAUCUUGGCAGUGAUUGUCAACAACUACAACACAGGACAGGAAGCUUGCCUCCAAGGGAACUUGAUUGCCAUUUGCCUGGAGCAGCUGAAUGAUCCACACCCUCUGCUGCGCCAGUGGGUGGCUAUUUGCUUGGGCCGCAUCUGGCAGAAUUUUGACUCUGCAAGGUGGUGCGGCGUGAGGGACAGCGCUCAUGAAAAGCUCUACAGCCUUCUCUCCGAUUCAAUACCUGAGGUUCGCUGUGCAGCAGUCUUUGCCCUUGGCACUUUUGUAGGCAAUUCUGCUGAGCGGACAGAUCAUUCCACUACAAUAGAUCACAACGUUGCCAUGAUGCUGGCCCAGCUCAUUAAUGAUGGAAGCCCCAUGGUCCGAAAGGAGUUAGUUGUGGCACUGAGUCACCAUGUGGUUCAAUAUGAAACCAAUUUCUGCACAGUUGCCUUACAGUUUAUGGAAGAAGAGAAGAACUAUGCAUUGCCCUCACCUGCUGCUCCAGAGGGUGGAAGUCUGACUCCAGUCCGAGAUAAUCCAUGUACUCCAAAACUCCGUUCUGUCAGUUCCUAUGGAAAUAUUCGAGCAGUCACUACAGCAAGGAACUUGAAUAAAUCUUUGCAGAAUCUCAGUUUGAAUGAAGAAUCUGGAAGCUCUGUUGCAUUUUCCCCUGGGAAUCUGAGCACCAGCAGCAGUGCCAGCAGCACCUUGGGCAGCCCUGAAAAUGAAGAAUAUAUCUUGUCUUUCGAGACGAUUGACAAGAUGAGGAGAGUCAGCUCCUACUCAUCACUGACUUCUCUGAUAGGGGUGUCUUUCAAUAGUAUUUAUACCCAAAUUUGGAGAGUCCUCUUACACCUGGCUGCUGAUCCAUACCCUGAUGUUUCAGACCUGGCUAUGAAAGUGCUGAACAGCAUUGCUUACAAGGCAACUGUAAAUGCCCGCCCCCAGCGCAUCCUUGACACAUCCUCUGUCACGCAUUCUGCCCCAGCCAGUCCUACUAACAAAGGCAUGCACAUACAUCAAGUAGGAGGGUCACCACCAACUGCCAGUACCAGCAGCUCUAGUUUGACCAAUGAUGUGACAAAGCAGCCUGUCAAUCGGGACAUCUCAUCUGUAAGACCUGCAAAUGUUGGCAACGUGGGAGUGCAGUACACUCCCCACUCCCACCAGUUUCCCAGGACAAGGAAAAUGUUUGACAAAGGCCCAGAUCAGAUAACUGAUGAUACUGAUGAUACUGUGGGUCCCAAAAAUUUCAUGUCAGCAGCAAUGCAGACAGGUUUUUGUGAUUGGAGUGCUAAGUAUUUUGCCCAGCCAGUAAUGAAGAUUCCCGAAGAGCAUGAUUUGGAGAGCCAGAUCCGCAAAGAGAGGGAAUGGCGAUUUCUGCGCAAUGCUAGAGUUCGAAAGCAAGCACAGAAAAUUAUCCAAAAAGGUAUUUCAAGACUAGAUGAUCAAAUCUUUCUGAACAGGAACCCCGGCAUGCCUUCCGUAGUCAAGUUUCACCCGUUCACCCCAUGCAUAGCAGUGGCUGACAAAGAUAGUAUCUGUUUUUGGGAUUGGGAAAAAGGGGAAAAGUUGGACUAUUUUCACAAUGGAAACCCACGUUACACUAGGAUCACUGCCAUGGAAUAUCUGAAUGGACAGGACUGUUCUCUACUCCUGACUGCUACAGAUGAUGGUGCUAUAAGAGUGUGGAAGAACUUUGCUGACCUGGAGAAGAAUCCAGAGAUGGUAACAGCUUGGCAGGGUUUGUCAGACAUGCUACCUACAACACGUGGAGCAGGAAUGGUGGUGGAUUGGGAACAAGAAACCGGACUUCUCAUGACUUCCGGAGAUGUGCGCAUCAUCCGAAUCUGGGAUACAGAUCGAGAAAUGAAAGUGCAGGAUAUUCCCACGGGGGCUGACAGCUGUGUCACCAGUCUGUCCUGUGAUUCUCAUCGUUCGCUCAUUGUAGCAGGGCUUGGAGAUGGCUCCAUUCGGGUUUAUGACCGACGGAUGGCUCUGAGUGAAUGCCGUGUGAUGACCUAUCGAGAGCAUACAGCCUGGGUGGUGAAGGCAUAUUUGCAGAAACAUCCUGAAGGCAACAUCAUGAGUGUCAGCGUAAAUGGAGAUGUCCGUUUCUUUGAUCCAAGAAUGCCAGAAUCAGUAAAGGUCCUCCAGAUAGUCAAAGGAUUAACAGCUUUGGACAUUCACCCCCAAGCCAAUUUAUUUGCAUGUGGUUCUAUGAAUCAGUUCACUGCUAUCUACAAUGGGCAUGGUGAGCUGAUCAACAAUAUCAAGUAUUACGAUGGAUUCAUGGGCCAGAGAGUAGGUGCCAUCAGCUGCCUAGCCUUUCAUCCACACUGGCCUCACCUGGCAGUUGGGAGCAAUGAUUACUACAUCUCUGUGUACUCAGUAGAGAAACGCAUCAGAUAACAGCGUGUGACUGCUUUGUCAGGGCUGGACAUCUUCUGGCAGGCAAAACCAUGCCUCACUUACGAUGUACAUAGUGAAAAUAUGACUUGAAUGUUAGUGUUGGCUGCUGCUGCUGCUGCUGCUGUGCAACCCCGUGACUUGAACAUUUUUUUUUUCUUCCUGACUUUAGCUACUGAUGAUUCUGCAUCAGAGGGGAGGGAGAGAAGCGUGGUCUUCUUCAUAGUUGGAACUUCCAGGAACUGUUGGAAAAGGAGAAUUUAAAUUUUCAGCGAGUUCCACCGCCCGCCACCACUACCACUACUAAUGACUGCUUCUCUGGUUGUUUAAACUUCUUCUCGGAAGAGGGAUGGGGUUUUCCUCUAAAUCAGGAUUGAAUUCAGAACAUGCUCUACUGUUCCACAUGUUCUUCCUAGAAAGUCUGUGGCUGCUACCUGUGUUGUGCCAAGUGCUGCCCUGGCAGUUGCAUGCUAGCAGGUUGCCUGAUUUGGAUAGCCCAUGCGUAUCUUUCCACUCUGUAUGCCACUGGCCACCUCUGUCAUCCAUUGUCCUGCCGGAAACAAGAGGGGAAAAAAAUUAAGGAGAAUCUUAAGGGAGAGAAAGAGAGAGAGAGAGAGAAAAUGUUAAUGCUGCAGAUAAUAAGAGUUGGCUGCCACUGUGGAAGGGAAAACAGGAAAGUACCCCAGUUUCUGUGGUGUUUGUUGGAAAACAGGCGUAACAUCUGAGUAGAUACAUGAAAAAGCAUUACAGGGCAAGGGACCUUCCCCUUUUAUGCCCUCUCCAUCCUUAAGCAGUGACCCUCUGCUCCUUUUACUCAUGGUAGAACCCCUUAAGCACAAGAAAUGGCCUGCUACCUCUGCAUAGACAAUAAAGAUUUCAUUUAUCGUACCACUGCCUUAAAUCCGCCCUCCCUCCCCAAUUCUGUUUUACAGAAGUGCUAUUGAUCAGCUUAUUAAUGGAUGCAGGUACUUGCAGCAGGCUUAAGGCCAGCGCCCGCGUAGAAGUCCUUCCUCUGCUUCAGACACUUGCACAGUGGCAAGCUCUGUACAUGCCCAGGACUUUUAUAUGCGCAGGGGCACGUGAUCACUGCAAAGAACGGUUGAUUUCCCCUACUACGGAGACCACGAUCUGGCCAAACCUAAGAGAAAUAAUCUCACGUAGGAAACUGCUUCAAUAGCUUAAGAAGGCCUUCCUUGAUUUGUGUGAAUUGUGCCUGAAUUGUGUUAAUUCUUCUGGCAUUGGCUCCAAGGGCAGAUGUCCGCAAAGCUGUGGAGAAGCAUGAAAGUGAAGUCUCGUAACCGUGAAGAGCAGGGAGCCAUCCUCUUCAUCUUCUCUAUGAUUGAACUGAGCAUUGUCUUGCUUGCAAAAUCCACCUCCCGGUUCUCAUUAUGAAGCCUGCUUUGUGCGUAGUUUGCUAGCUGAGAACUUAUUGCCCAAGCUGCAAAAUUAGUGAUGGAAAUAAAUAAGUGGUGAUUUUAUACACCAGUUUGCUGAUUCGAGUGUCAGCUCUGCUGGAACAUUAAAUCUUUGUCCCUUCCCCCCCCCCCAGCCCCCAGCCCCCCAAUUGCCAUUCCUGUCCCUCCUCAAGUGGCAUUUAACUCAGGGAAGGUUAAAUAGUUGAUUGUGCUCCUAAGCAUCAAGCCAGAGUCUGGGAUCCAUUUAUAACUGACUUAACCUACACAAUUAAAUGAGGAUAUGAUUAUUAUUUUUUGUAACCUAUAUCCAAUACGUUUAUUUCAAGAACAAGAUUCCUUGUGCUUCCUCUCAGCUUGCAUAGCCAGAAGUAAGGCUAUGGUAAUCUUUCUUUCAAAUGCCAUCGUUUUUGAAAGGAAAAGCUGUGCUUUUUUUUUUUUUGCUUUUUUUUUGCUUUUCUUUUCUUUUUUCUUUUUGCAAAGAUCUGAGAUGGUGAUCCAAUCAUGAAGUUUAACCAAAACUCCAGAAAGCAUCCAGCUUACACAGUUCACUUCUCUAUUUAUUUUCAGAAAAAUGAAAAGGAAUAAUAAACCACCAGACGAUUGUAAUGUAAGAGUAAAACAAUUAAUGAAAUAAAUGUUAAUAAAAUGUAAAUGCCAGAAGAA